AUGGGCAUGCUGGACGUCAGAACGUGGAGCCGCCCGCCAGCCCCACCGCAGUGUCCCACCCAGCUGAAGCCAAGCCGGGACCCACGUUCUGACUUUGGGCGAGGGAAAGCGGCGGCGGCGGCGGCACCUGCUGCUGCUGCUGUUGCUGCGGGGCGGGAGAGGGAGAGGGCAGAGGGGGGAGGGGACGUCCCCUCCCCCGCGCUGCCGCUGCCCCCCCGGGGCCAGAGAGCAGAGCUCCGCCACAAGGAAACAUGGGUGACUGGAGGAGAAAAAAGAGAUGAUACAUUGGAUGAAGUGACAAGAAAAGAACUUUGCACAGACACUUUCUGUAAAGUUUGUGGGGCUGUGCUGCAGUUCGAAUCACAAAGAAUAGCACACUAUGAGGGCAAAAGACAUGCACAGAAAGUCCGGCUUUAUUUACAAAUGCGUAGUGAACAAAAGGAAGGACAAGAGCCUGGCAAACUCAAGACACAGAUGGACCUAGAUGUGGACAAAAACACAUACUGCAGGCUUUGCAACAUGAUCUUCACAUCCCCAAUUGUUGCACAAUCGCACUACCUGGGAAAGAUCCACACCAAGAAACUGAAGCAGCUAUCAGGAGACCAUCAGGCUCAGCAGUCUACACAGAGUGUUCAGCCUGGUCCCUCUGCAACUCCAGCUCUGCCAGAGCUGUCUGUUGAAAAGUCUACACAAGACAAUGAUGCUGAAGACCCAUCUUCAUCCUGUAGUGCUACUUUGGAUUUAGAUGAUCCAGAAAAGUAUUGCAAGCUCUGCUCGGCACCCUUCAACAAUCCACUUAUGGCCCAUCAACACUACGUGGGCAAGAAGCACAAAAGGAACGAAGUCCGUAAGAAACUGAUGGCUGAGAUAGGAACGGAGGCUAUCCCUGUGGAAUCCAAGGCCAAUGCAGUUGGGGUGGGCAACUAUAUAUGCCCUAUAUGCAGUAUCAGCCUCACAUCCAUAGAGAUGUACCAGUCUCACAUGCAAGGAAAUAAGCAUCAGAUUAAGGAAAACAUGAUUGUCAACCUGAUGAAGAACUCCAAGAAAACAUACAAUUCCUUCCAAGAUGAAUUAGCAGAUUACAUUAAAGUACAAAAAGCAAGAGGAUUGGAACCAAAAACUAACUUUAGAAGAUCAGAGGGAGAGUUUCAAAAUGAAGACGUUGAAACCAUGAAUGGUCACGAGGAGACCUUUACAUCUGACCAAGAUCUAUUUUCUCAGGAUAUUUAUGAAUCAGAUCAGCAUUCCAUUUUUUUCUCAGAAACAUGCACGUCUUCGUAUCCUGUUGAAAACAGAUUGUCACAUUGGUCACCAGCCGACAGGGAUCCACUAAAGCUAGGAGACGUACCCACGUUUCAGUGCAGCACAGAAUGUUGUUCAGAUCAGCACGUGUCUCAGUUGACCACAUACAAAAGUGACCAUUGCAAUCCAUCAUCCGUUCAAUCUAGUGAUGGCUACAACAAGCCUGUGUCUCCAGAUGAUAGCUCUAACUUUUAUAAGAGAAGCCGAAAGGUGCCAAAGACACCCAAAAAAGAGAAAGAAUGUACAAGAGAGGGAGAAGGGAACCUUUGCCCACAACUUGUAAAGCUCAAGAGAAAACAGUACAGUGAAGAAGAGACAGACUCAGGAAAGGACAGUGAGAAGAAAAAGAAAAAGAAAGCUGAUAUAAAUUUAGCAACUCCGUGGAAACCAAAGCACAGUAAAGACAAAAGCAAUAAAGAGAGUUCUUCCGAAAAGGGGAGCAGAAGACACAAGAAGGAAAAAAAGAAGGCUGAAGACAGUGGACCAACCGAAGAGGAGAUGCUGUGGAAUGAAUCUGUCUUGGGAUUCUAACUGAGCUUUUUGUAAUGAAUGUUUGGUUCAUUUAGAAUCUGAACCGUGUUGCACUUUUACGUUUCUGUUAGCGGUUACUUGUUUUACGUUGGUCCUUCAAAAUAAUGGGUGAUGGGGUAUGAGCACUAGGGAAGAAUGUGAACUGAAAUUCUGUAAUAUGCUUUGAAACAUAACUAGUAAUUCACAGUGUUUCUCUUGGAAUGAUAUUUAACACAAUAUGGAGACACUAUGAAAUAUUACACUUAGAAGUGGCAAGGUGAGCAGGUGUGUGGUGCAUCCAGUCACAGCAACAUCUGUAUUGUUGAAAGCUUUCCAAGUGGAUAUGAAAUGAUAAAAGAGGGUUUAUUACAGUUCUUGUUUACAGGUUGUUUUUUCCUUCCAAUUCUGAAAUUUAAAUAAUGAAAGAACCCAUUAAACAUAUGAGAGAGACUAUGAUGAAUGUUUUUUCCCCUUAUAGAUCAGGCCCAACAUUUUCUUUAGGGAAUAUGGGCAAAGUGCGUUUCUUAGGAUUUGUGCUGCUUAAUCCCCUGGCUUAUAGUGGUCUUCUAUUUAAAGCCAAGAGUUCUAUGUCAGGUACAAAAUGAUUUUUCUGAAAAUAAACUUCCUUUAUUUAGUGUAUUCAAGGAAUAAAUAAUGUUCAGUUUAAGAUGAGAGUUAGGGCCUCUGCAAAUCUAUUGGUGCUUUUUUAAAGGCAUGGGAAUGUUAAGGCAUUUCUUAACCUCCAUACCAGGUAAAUUUUACAUAGUGUGGUGUGUGUUUUUCUAAAAACUGACUAUGUCUGCCAUACAUGGAUGUCCAUUUUCCUGUGCUGAUGCAGGAGAGCAACUAACGCCCAAAUUUGGGAAGCAAAGCAGGGGUAUUGGGUUAACACCACAUUGUUAAUUUAUCUCCAGUACACUAAAAUAUCCAGUGCACUACUGCUUCAUGUCUACAGAUGGCAGCAAACUCAUUUUUACCACCAAUCCUGUGCACAUUGUAUGAGAAUUUCGUUUUAAUUCAUUUUUAACUUGAAUUUGCCCCGUUUGCAACAUAAACGGGAGCUCAGUUUUUGGGAACAUCUCAUGCAUUCCUGCGCUCGCAUGAGUGUUCACAAAAUCUGAACUUUAAGGAAAUGCACACUUUAAAAAUGCACUUUUAAAAAAUAAAAUGAAAUAUUUCAUGUUUUAGUCAAUGGAGGUAAAGAGGGCAUUUGCUUUUCAGAGUGCACGCUUUCUCGUUUGAACAAACAGAAAAGCAAAAUGCAAUUGAAAACAAGAGUGAGGUGGUUUGAGCUUCAAGGUGGAGCUUGGAGAAUCCCUUUCAGGAUUACUCAAAAUUACAUUCUUCUGAAUUCAUUGGGUCUUUGGGCUGAAAAAGAUGGGAGAAGCAUCCCUCCUCCUCCUCCUCCUCCUCCUCCUCCUCCUCCUCCUCUUCUUCUUCUUCUUCUUCAUCAUGAUGUAAAGCAUCAGUGGGGACUUCCUUACAUGUUUGAUCAGAGCAGUGGCACUGAAGGAGGGAAAGUAACCUUUUCCUCCUGUCGUUUUCCAGAUCUCACCUUGCCCUAGUAUGAGCUCUACAAUAGAAAGGGGGGAAAGCACAACAGUAAUACAGCAGUACUCCUAGCAGCUUGGGGGACUGAUUUAGAUCUAGAAAAUGGUGCAUGGGUACACAUUAAGAUUAUUGCUGUGAUCACUGGAGAGUCUUCCCUACCUCCACUAAGUACACACACAAAAAGCUGGAUACCUGAUUAUGGAUCUGUGAUGUCUGUUUUAACCCAUGCUCCUAAAGUGCAUAGGUUUACUGCCCUAGAUAAUGUAUAUCUUUAAAAAAGGCCCUUCUCUUAAAUGACCUGAACUGCCUCUUUUAAAAGUUAUCUCUCUUCCCCGCACUGUAUUUCCAAGAUACAAAAAUGGAGGGAUCAGAUUCCAGGCAGGCGACUUUCUAGUCUCUUAAUAAUCUGGAGCAGGUUCCCUGCAUCAACUUGUUGGAUAUGCUGCUUAAUUUUUAUUUUUAUUUUGCAGUAUGAUAAUUUGCCUCUUUAUAAGGAUAACAGAAUCGAUUUCUGCAAGAUUUUUUGCUUUGAAGACCUAAACGUUUAUAAGGAGGUAAUCUGACUUGCAAGAUUAACAGUAAGAAUUGAUAUGCAAAGGAUUUUUAGCACAUACACACACACACACACACACACACACACACACACACACACACACCAUCACCACCACCUUCGGCCCUGGCCAGUUUGUGCUGCAAGUAUGAUCAUCUUCCGUGCCAGAAGCAUGGACUUCCCCAUUUUCAGUACUGGGCAGACAUACCACAACUCA